AUGGCUAUAUCUUCAUCUCGACAUCGAAAAUAUUUGAAUAUAUUUCAAAAUCGUAGAAUAGUAGAUGAUGAACAUGAAAAUCUUUCACAUCGUUCGAUACCUAAACAUAAUUUAGUAUGUUGGUUACGUGAUCGAGAACUUGGUUAUUCAAAAUCACGAAUAAACUAUUUUAUUGCACGACGUACAAAUGCUUAUCGUGCUAUUCAUCCAUCAUAUUCAAUUUUAAUGUGUACAGUACCACAAGCAGUAUAUAUUAGAAGAUUUUCACCAAAUGGACAAUAUUUACUUGCAUUUUCACACGAUCUUGAAUCAUUAAUUGUCUAUAGAUAUAAAGGUUUCGAACGUAUUUAUCCAGAUUUAAUCCAAUGUUCUCCAUCAACAAAUUAUACACGUUUAGAUGAAAAUGAGGAUAAUUCACGACAAAAUUUAUCUGAUACAGUUAAUUGUGAAAAAUUACGUGAUCAUGCUUUUAAUAAAAUUUUUGAACAUCAUGUAACAAUACAAAUACGUUCAUCUUCGAUGGGUUAUUCAUUAAAUCGUAAUCAUAUCUAUUGUCUUUUUUCUCGUGAUCAAUAUGCUAUAAUAUGUGCAUCAAAAUUAGUUAAUGAACAACAACAUCCACCUUAUAAUCAAUUAGUACAAUCAAAUGAAGAUCUUAAUCCAUUAUCAAGAUUUUAUUUUGAACAUUUUCUUAUAUUUCUUAUUGAUUAUUCACGUGGUAUUAUAUGUCAACAACUUGAAUUUCAAUUUGAUCGUAUUGGUUUAACAAUAUAUAAAUCAACAUUAGCAAUAUUAUCAAUUCAACAUCAAAAAUUACAUUUAUAUCAUAUUGAUGAAAAAAAUGGUAAAUUAAUUGAAUUAUUAACUGUAGGUAAAUUUACACAAACAGAAGAAGAAUUUUUAUAUAAAUAUAGUUUACCUAAACAUUUAUUAACAAUGUCACCUCGUUUAUUAAAUAAAAAAAAUUUUAAACGAAAUUCAUCAUCAAUGUUUGAUAAAUGGGAUGAUAGUGAAACCGGUGGUCUACAUAGAAAACGUAUGCGAGAUCGUUUAAGUGAUUAUCAGAACAGUGAUUCUCAAACAACACGUAGUGGAAGUUCAUUUGUUCGAGAUGAACUUCAUAGACCAUUUACAUCACCUUCAAGUCGAAUUAUGAUUAAUAAUGAAGAACAACAAACAAAUUUUAAUCUCAUUGGUGAAACACAUGAUUUACCUACAAAUUUAGCUCAAUCAAUAUUUCAACGAGAAAAUCGACCUAUAAGAAGAGAUUUUGUUACAUAUCCAGUAAAUUCAAGAUCAUCAGGUAAACUAAUAUACUUUUAAUCCUACUAAAUAUUCUUAAGGUGAAUAUUAUCUCUCGAUAAUAUUCUUUGGAUAAUUAUUUUUUUAUAAAAAUUAAAUCUAACUAGAAGUACAUCCUAGAAAAACUAUUGUGGAAAUCCUCAUAAUGAAAAAUUAAGACGAUUUACGAUAGUUACUCGAUUGUUUUAUCCGUAGUCUUCUAUAUUGAACCUCAUAUCAAAAUAUAUGUAAAAUCGUUGAUUAAUAAUUAUGUUUUUCUAUACUGAUUUCGUUUGAUAAGUUUAAGAAGAUCAUCCGCUGAUGUAUAAGCAUGAAUGACAAAAGAAAUAGUAUAUAUAUAUAUCUUUGAACUUCUUGACAUUUGCGCUUAAGAACGUCAUCUUCCAAGUAAAAAUGAUGAUAAAAGGCCACAUAAUAAUUUUUUUAUGAUUAUUAUUUCUUUUUAUAGUAAGAUACUUCAAAAAGAAAAAGAAAACAGGAAU